AAACGCCAGCGACACACAGGUUCCUUCUCGCCCGCCUCUCCGCCUUACCACCUCGCAAAGCCCGCUGGGCCCGUCGACACGACCAUCGACCAGCAGCCAAACACGCCCACUUCCCCACCGUACAUGUCUUCCAUCACGCAGAGUCAGACCCAUGCCUCUCUUUCUUCGACCCAAGGACCCGGCUUGACGCCGCCUUCGGUCGCCGCCUCGGCCUCGUCGCAGCAGAACACGACCAACACCUUUCCAACGCCUGCAAGCAGUGCGGAAAUGUCUUCCUUCACCUCCAAGGGCGCGGACGGGAACGCGCAAAUGACUGAUGACCAGAUGGAGGGCAUCACGAAUGUUCCCAUGUGCGACGUGCACGUGGGAGGCGACAGCGGCCACAGACACACAGGUCACGACCGGCAAGGCACGGGCUCAUCAGCGAGCGAAAAAGUUGGCUUGGACCGCCUGAAGGCUGGUUCUAGUCCAUUCUAUAAGCUCAGUGAGACUCCUUAUCCGAUCUCGCGACCGCACGCGUCAGAAAACCUCCUAGCAGCAUAUGGACUGAACCGAAUUGCGCAGAGCGUCGCUCGCUUUGAUCCAGUGACAGGUGAUAAGAUUAACAAGCUUCGAAAGUCUUAUGAAGGCCACAUCAAGGGCUUCCAAAUCGCUGGUGGCAAAAACAAGCCCGAAGCCCUGGAAGGCCAGCUGAACGGUCUUUUGGACUGGCCAGAUGAGGAAUGGCAUAGCCAAAGGGUUUUUGGCAAAGAGCUUGAAAAGGGUGUUGAUUCAAGUCUGCUCGAAAAAUUGAACCGUGCUGUUAAGAUGCAACCAGGCAAGUUGCCCGCUGAAGAGGCAGCAAAGUGGAGAGGCAGAAUUGGCACCGACGAUGGGCUCCUCAAGAAAUCUGCUCCCGAGAUGACGGAUGCUACGGCCAAGAAAAUCAGGCCCGUCGGGCAAGGUCCAGGCCAGGGUCGUUUAUCUGCGGCGCCCUCUCCGGCCAUGAAACCAGCGCGUCCAGACCGUGCUGGCAAGAAGCGCAGCUAUGUGGAGUCAAGCUUCAAGGGGUACGGAGAAGGGUUCGCGGAUGAUGAUCCGAUGGGAGAAUCAACUGGUGGCGAGGAUGAAGGCAAGGGCGGCUUGAAGAAGAAGCGACGG